GAGAAGGGACCUGAUUGGAGGCAGGUUCGGCAUCCCUCCAAAUUUCAGCCAACCUCCCUCCCCCCGUUUGAGAUUUUUCACCGCCGCUGUCCCCGGACCGCACUCCUCCUCAGAGGCAGAAUUCCCAGGCGGCAGAGAGCCGGGAACUCCCGGGAAUGCGGCACCUGGUCACCCUGCUCCUCGUCGCCACCCUGCCCGGGAUGGGCACGGAAGGAGUCGAUGCGGCGGGCCCCAUUCUGGAUAGUUCCUUAUUUCCUCUUAGAGCUCCCAACUUGGCCCUCUGGAAAGAGACGUUCCAGAUGGAUUCGGCCAGCGGCGGCGGGGCCGUGGACGGCUCCCCCCUGUGCCGCUCGGAAGCGGACGAGUGCAGCUCCACCGGGAGGGAGCGCGAUCCGUGGUGGAUGGUCGAUCUGAACGCCUCGUACCCCGUCUUCGUCGUCGUCGUCACCAACCGGGCCGACUGCUGCCCGGAGCAGAUCCGGGGAGCCGAGAUCCGGAUUGGGAAUUCCUGGGAGAGAGGGGGCACCGGGAACCCCAGGUGUGCCGUGAUCCCCGCCAUGGGGCUGGGAGAGACGCUCCUGUUCACUUGCCACCAAAUGGAAGGACGCUACGUCACGGUGACCGUCCCCAACCGGGAAGCGGAGCUGGGCCUGGGAGAAGUGCAAGUGAUCGGCAACCCCGGAAACUGCGUGGACCACAUUGCUCCAGCCCGAUGCUAUUCCUUGAUCCCUAUCACAGCCCCCAACCUGGCCUUGGGCAAAAUGGCCUUCCAGUCCAGCACCGAGUCACCGCUGACCCCGGCCAGGAAGGCCAACGAUGGGUCCCUGUCCAGCUACCAUCGUGACAGGUGGUGCUCCGGGACCCGGACGGAAGCCGGCCCGUGGUGGAUGGUGGACCUGAAGGCGACGGUCAAGGUGUCCUUCGUGGUCAUCACCAACCGAGGAGACUGCUGCGAAACUCAGAUCGACGGGGCCGAAAUCCGGAUCGGGGACUCGGCCGCCGACGGAGGCAGGGCUAAUCCCAGGUGCGCCGUGGUGCACUCCAUGGGCAAGGCCGAGACGCGACCUUUCUUCUGCGAAGGCGGGAGAGGUCGGUACGUGUCCGUCAUCAUCCCGGACCGGACGACUUGGCUUUCCCUCUGUGAAGUACAAGUAUUUAGUGAACCGUGGAAAUACACUGUCCGCACCGCUCCUGGCUCAAACUCUUCCUUGGUCCCCAUCAAACCCCUCAACCUGGCCCUUGGGAAACCGACCCGGCAGUCCACGGCAACCGGCGGCGGAUCCGGCGCCAACGACGGCUUCAAGGGGGGACGCUGCGCACACACCGCCAAGAUGGACCUCCCCUGGUGGACGGUGGACUUGAAUUUCUCCUACAGCGUGGAGUUUGUGGCCGUAACCAACCCAGGAAACUGCUGCACGGCUGGCUUGGACGGAGCGGAAAUCCGGAUCGGGGAUUCCACUGCAAAUGGGGGCCUCGCCAACCCCAGCUGUGGGGCAAUCUCUCCCAUGGCCCUCCAGGAAACGUUGACCCUCAACUGUGCCGGAAUGAAAGGUCGGUACGUCACGGUAGCCCUCCCCAAGAACAGCAGCGAACUCGUCCUCUGCGAGGUGCAGGUGUUCGGUGAGCCGUGGAGAUUUAACGUGCUUAAGGGUGAAGAAUGGAAAAAGUUUCACGAGCUCCAAGACAAGACUUCGGCUCCCAAUGUAGCCGUCGGAAAAGCCGUUCGCCAGUCCAGCACUUUUCAGGAGGAGUGGGGGCCGGAGAAAGCCAACGACGGAUCCUUGGGGAGCAACCUCCUGGCGGGGGAGUGCACGCACACCAACAGGGAGUUAGAGCCCUGGUGGAUGCUGGAUUUGAACUCCUCCACCUGGUUGUCAUUCGUGGCCCUCACCAACCGGGGUGACUGCUGUGCGGAGAGAAUCCUCGGGGCCGAGAUCCGCGUCGGGCCCUCGGCCGAGGACGGCGGGAAGGGGAACCCCAGAUGUGCUGUUGUGCCGUCGAUGGCCCCAGGAGAGACGGUCUCUUUUAACUGCUUGGGAAUGAAAGGUCGCUACGUCACCGUCUUCAUACCUCGGCGAGAGGAAAUCUUAAGCCUGUGCGAGGUCCAGGUGUUCGACCUGACGAGCCGGUUUUACUUUCCCCUGGAAGGAGUGGUCCGUGAAGGCACCGGUUUCCCACUGGUAAACCUCGCCCUCGGGAAGGAGGCCUCCCAGUCCAGCGUGUACCGGUCCGCGGGGGCCGGCAAGGCCAACGACGGCAUCCUGCUGAGCAGCUUCGUCAAAGGGGGCUGCUCCCUCACCGAACGGGAUCGGGAACCGUGGUGGAUGGUGGACUUGAACUCGACCUUCAGCGUGUCCUCCGUGGCCAUCACCAACAGGGGGGACUGCUGCCACAAGCGCAUCAACGGGGCCGAGAUUCGCAUCGGGAACUCCGUGGAGGAGGGAGGGAGAGCGAACCCCAGAUGUGCCCAGAUUGGGUCCAUGAGGAGAGGGGAGACCCGCGGUUUCAGCUGCGGGGGCAUGGAAGGCCGCUACCUGACUGUGGUCAUCCCCAGGAGGACCGAGUACCUCAGCCUCUGCGAAGUGAGCGUCUUCGGGAUCCCCGGGGUCGCCCGGCCGGUGAGCCGACCGUCCGGCGGCGGACCGGACGCGGGGCCCCCGCCCUUCGGUCGAGGGUCCGAGGAGACGGGGCCCUUCAGUCGGUGCCGUCGGCGAGACCAAUGGGGUCGUGUCAGGCGGGGACGGUACCUCCGGACCGAACCUCGGGACGGCGUCACGCCUCCCGCGGAAGUGAGGGCUCUCGAUGAGGAGGAGGUCGCUACCGCAGAUGCCGACAGGCCCCCGAGGAGACGGUCUCCCCGGGAGGCCGGGUACAGGGUCCUGAGAGUCAGAGUCACCCAGGGGGGCUACACUAACUCGCAGCAAGGCUUGGAGGCGUGGUGGACGGCGAACCUGAACGCCACGGCCGCCGUCUCUUCCGUCGUGAUCGCCGAACGGGGAGACUGCUGCCUCGAGAGCCUCUGGGGGACCGUGGUCAGCGUCGGAUACUCGCCGGGGACGAGCGGCGGCAGAGGGAACACCAGAUGCGCCCCUAUCUUGUCCUCGGGGCGCGGGGCAACGUGGGUUUUCGACUGCAUGGGGCUGGAGGGCCGCUACGUGAUUAUCGUCAUCCCCGGCCAGAAGGUGCCUCUCGGCUCCUGUGAGAUCCAGGUGCUCGGCAAAGUCGUUCCCAAUCUAGCUCUGGGGAAACAAGCUAACCAGUCCAGCCUCGGGGACCCUCUGGGGACCCCCCAGAAAGCCAUCGACGGGCUGCUGGACGUCAACUUCGGCCACGGGAGCUGCACUUGGACGAAGAAGGAAUUCGAACCGUGGUGGAUGCUCGACUUGGGUUUGGAGGCCGUCGUGAAUUCAGUCACGAUCACCAGCCGGGGAGACUGCUGUCACACGUGGAUAGACGAGGCUGAGAUUCGGAUCGGUUCUUCCCCGGAGGACGGGGGCAAAAGGAACCUCAGGUGCACCACCAUCGCGUUCAUAGGGCUUGGAGAAACCCAUUCCUUUAACUGCGGUGGAAUGAAAGGCCGCUACGUGACCGUGGUCAUCCCUCAGAGGGCCGAGUCUCUCAGUCUCUGUGAGGUUCAAGUGCACGGCACCAUCGUUCACAAUUUAGCGCUGGGAAAAAAUUCUUCCCAGUCCAGCACCCUCAAGCACUUGGGGACGUCCAGCAAAGCCAACGACGGGAUCCUGAUCAGCCAUUUCGAGAAAGGUUCCUGCAUGCAGACCAAGCUGGAUUUCGAACCCUGGUGGAUGGUGGACCUGAAGGAGAGCCUGCCGGUGACCUCCGUCGUCAUCACGAAUCGGGGAGACUGCUGCGCCCGGCGGAUCAGCGGCGCCGAGAUUCGCGUCGGAGACUCACCGGAGGACGGCGGCAAAAGGAAUCCCAGAUGUGCCACCAUCACGUGCAUGGGCCCAGGCGAGACCCGGGAAUUUGCCUGCGGGCCAGCGAGAGGUCGUUUCCUGACCGUCACCAUCCCCGGGAGGAGAGAAUUCCUGACCCUCUGCGAGGUCCAGGUGUUCAGCUCCCCGGGGUCCUCCUUGCGGCCCACUCCUGAAGAGGAUGAAUGGGUUUUGAGCGGCGCUGCCGAUCUGAUGGUUGGGAAGACCACUUCCCAAUCCAGUGGCGGCCAGAUGCCGGGAUCCCCGCUGGCCUGGGACGACGGGUCGACGGGCUCCGCCGGGAAGCGGGGAUGCGUCUACACGAACCUGGAGUUCGAGCCGUGGUGGAUGGUGGACCUGGGGUCCCGUUCCAACAUCUCCCACAUCCGGAUCACCAGCCGGGGAGACUGCUGCGAGAACCGGCUCGGCGGCGCCGAGAUCCGCGUCGGGGACUCGCCGUGGCACGGGGGUCGAGCGAACCCGAGAUGUGCCCGGAUCACCUGCAUGGCCUUGGGAGAGACCCGUUCCUUCCGCUGUGAGGGGAUGCAGGGCCGCUUCGUCAGCGUGAUCAUUCCGGACCGCAGGGACCACCUCUCCUUCUGUGCGGUGCAAGUGUUCGGGACCUCGGAGAGCCGGGACGGUUCCUCCAGCCCCAUCGUCGUCUACCCCAUCCAAGGGGGCUCCUCCUAUCUGGUCCUGCCCCCGCUGCAGCCCUUGAAGUACUCCGCGUUCACCCUGUGCAUGAAGAUGGGCCCGCCCCAGCGGGUCGGGGACCCGGGCCCCCCGAGGCCGGAUGGCGGCAGCUACCGCUUUGCCAUGGAGGGCCAGUCCGUGCGCAUCUCUCUGCCGCCGGCGACGCCGCCCGAGAGCCACGUCUGCGUCACGAAGGACUCCGACGCCGGGCUGGCCACCUUAUGGAUCGACGGGGUCCAGAGCGAAGACGGCGCCGCUCUCCCGGGCUUGCGCUUGGAGCCCCGGGGGGCGGCCACGCCGGACGGAAAAGGGAGGCCCGCUCGGCGCCACGUGGGGAGGCCGACGACGGUCCGCCGGGGAGGACCCGCGUCGGACCUCGGGGGGAGGCCCUCGCGGGCCCGGGGGCGGAGGCCUUCUCCCGACUGUGGUGGCGGCCCCGCUCCGGACUAUACCGGGAGACCUUCGCCGGACCGCGGCGACGGGCCCUCUCCGGGCCGCGGAGGAAGGCCCUCACCGGACUACGGCGGGGACCCAUGGCCCGACUCCGCUGGGAAGCCCUCUCCCGACUGUGGGGGGAGGUCCUUGCCGGACCACAGAGGGAGGCGCUCGCCAGAUCGCAGGGGGAGGAGGGACCCACCGGUCCGCCGGGGGACGCCCACCCUGGACCGUGGCGGGAAGUCUGCGCUGGGCCCUGAAGGGAAGCCCGAGGUAGACCAGAGAGGGAGACCCACGCUGGACCCCGGAGGGGGGCUCUCCCGAGCCCCCCGGGAGCACCCUUUGCUCGAUCACGUAGAGAGGCCCACUCCGGUCGAGGGGGUAAAUCCCCAGCUGGUCCUCAGAGGGAGAUCUAGGCCGGUCCUCGGAGGGAGGCCCUCGCUGGACCCCGAGGGGAAGCCUUUGAUGGACCAGACCGGGAGGCUCGUGCUGGACCGCGGGGGGAGGCCCACCCUGGGACAUAAAGUGGGGACCCUUCCGGACCCCGAGGAGAGCCCCGCGCUAGACCAGGAAGAAGAAGCCAUUCUGGGCCAAGGGGGGAGGCCCGCCCCCGCCCUCUCCCCGGGGGCUCCCCACUCGGUCGGCAACAUAUCCGACGUCCGCAUCUGGGAUCACGUCCUGCCGUCGGACGGCAUCUGGAACUUGUCCCGCGGUCUGUCCUCCCCGCAGGGAGAGGUUCUCCAGUGGGACAGCGUUCCGGGUCAAGUGGUGUUGGCGGCGGAGCCGUGUCCCCGGGAGCCGAGACCCUGCCCGGUCCCGUCUGGGCGGACCGAGCGGAGGGACCCUCGGGAUUGUUUCCGACAGCGCGGUCGAAGGGGCGGGGACGGGUCUUCCCUUCCUCGUCCUUGUCGCCCCCGACCCUAGGCCCCUCGAGGGCGGAGGCCGGCGUCUUUUCUUUCUUCUGCGAUUCCCCGCGUCCUACAACCCUGCCCCGACUGAUGCCGUCGAUACUGUCAGCUCGUGGCGGGCGGGGAAGUCUGCUUAUUGUUCUGUUGUGCUCUUCCAAGUGUUUAGUACGGUGAUUGGCACAUAGUAAGGGCUCAGUGAAUACUGAAUGAAUAAAUGAAUGAAUGAUGACCCUCUGCGCCUCAGCAGUUCAUCGUCUAUGCUGCUAAAAACUGGAUUUUCCCUCUUGGCACAUGUAGAAAGUGGAUCUUUCCAUAUUAAACGUUUAGUGAGAUCACUCUUA